CACUUGCACAGUGUCAUACCAACAACAUCAACAUGAAAUUCUUGAUCGUAGUCGCCCUUGCCGUCGCAGCGGUCAGCGCUGAAGAGGCUAAGAAGACCGAGAAGCGUGGUCUGGCCGGCCUCGGCUACGGUGGUCUUGGCUAUGGCGGCCUCGGCUACGGUGGACAUGGCCUCGGCUAUGCCUCUGGAUAUGGCGGACUUGGCUAUGGAGGCUACGGAGGAUAUGGUGGAUACGCUGCCGCACCCGUAGCUGUCAGCAAAGUGUCCUACACCACCGCUCACGGCGGUUAUGGCGGCUAUGGCGGAUAUGGCGGAUAUGGUGGAUAUGGUGGAUAUGGCGGAUACGGUCUUGGUAGUGGUUACUCUGGUCUUGGCGGAUAUGGCGGCUACGCUGGCCACGGUGGCUACUACAGCUCCCCCAUCAUCAGCGGCUACGGUGGCUACUCUGGUUUAGGCUACGGCCAUGGUCUCGGCUACGGUGGACUUGGCUACGGACACCACUAAGCCCAAACUCCCUGUUCUUAUGCAAAAUGUGUUCAAUAACAUGUAAUACUCGACAUUAAGGACUAAGGUUAAAUUUGUACAUUUUUUUAAAUAUAAAUAUAUGGAGCGUACUAUGACAUUGGAAUAAUAACUCGAAACACCGCUCUCGGACGAUGUAUUUAUGUGAUAUUUUUAUAAAGUUUUUUUUUUGCUAAUUGUAAAUAUUUAAUAAAACUUAUAUAUUAUAUA